UCAUCAAAAUAAUGUGGUGGAUGAAGUCAGUGAAAUAAAAAUUGUAUUUUGAUUUAACUACGAUUCUAUAACAUAAUUUUAAUAAGACAGAAAUUAGUAAUUGAAAUCAUUGCACUAUAAAAGAGAAAUAUACGUUUUCAACACAUUUCAUCAUUAGACUGGCGCUGUUGUAGUUAAGUCAAGUCAAUUGACGGUGAUACGCCAUUUUAGUAUUGGAUUGUGCUUUUAAUCUGGAAGUUUUAAACUAUUUCUUCUAUAAUUGUAUAGCAGACGUUUAAAUAGUGUAGGAAUCAAGAGUAUAUUUUCGGGGUGACAUUUAAAGACAGAAAAUGUUUGCAUAAUAAACGGUUUAAAUAAUGGCCCAGUACUUCGAAGUAUUGAGUCGAACUGAUGCUAAUGCAGAACAAGCUGGGCAGAUAUUCAACAGGAAUCCAGAAACUGAACCAACUCAAAUCCGAUAUAUUCUUGCUGAUGAUGCCCAACAAUUUCCAACACAGCAGUUAGUUCAUUUAUCUUCUGAUCAGGUUAUGGUAGUAGAUGAAUCCCAACAACAAAGUCAAGGUGUUUUAAUUGAUAAGGGUCAAAUAGCUUAUCAGGCAGCUCCUCAACCACAAUUUAGUGCUGUAGUUCAAAAUGCAACUGGUCAUAUGAAUACACAACCGAUUUAUUACAUGGAGCCAACUAGCGGAUCAGCCGACAGUGUCCAAGCUGUUCAGGCAGUUGUAGAUCAAACUCCAGCAAUUGAGCAAAACCUAGGAUCAACUCCAGUUCACCCUCUGGUUAUUAACCAACAGGUUAGUGCACCAAAUCAUAAUUUGGAUGAUAAUGGAGCAAAUCAAUCAAAUCAAAGACGUGUUUUACAAAUUAGAACUGGAAUGAGGCCAAAUAUUUCUCUUCCAAAUGAGGUUUGCACUGUUACUUAUUUGGGGAUUAGGCCUGGAGGAGCUAAUGUUAGGGCACAGCAAGCCAUACAACAAGUUAGAACUCUUGCAUCCCAAUCUCAAGUGAGGUUAAGAACUCCUAUUCAACAAGUUCGAAAUACACAGGUUCAACAAAUGACACCUCCAAUCAAUUCCCAACAAAAAACACAAGUUGUUUCUAUGAUCAAUAGGCAGCUGAGUGCCCUACAACAACAGAAACAACAAAAUCAACCAGCACAAACUGUGCAACAACCUCAAGUAAUGCAGUCACAGCAAGAUGUACAUCUCCAAUCAGAGUCCCAGCCUGGUUUUCAAAAGAAUCUUCUAAGGACCAGUGCAGCUGAACAUAGUGAUAUGGAGGAAGCCAUGGACACUUCCAAUCCCAUUACACCAUUUAGAAAAACGGUCGAUCAAAGAUUACCACCCAAAAAUCCAAUUAUUCCAAAUUUGCCAGCAGGCAUAAAAAUCACUCCAAAAACGAACAGCCAACAACAAUCUUCGCUGAAUCAAACCAUCAGUCAGGUGCUGCACCAAGUGGUGUCACAACAAGCCGCUAAAGCCGGUCAGGGGAAUGGUGCAAAUAAUAGUCCACCCAAAAAAGGAAGGGCGCCGCCAAGAUCCCCUAAAGCAGCUAACACUGCAAAUAGAGCACGAGUUCAAAGAAUUCCAAUUAAUUUCAACCCCAGAAUGGCACCACCUCAUAUUCAGCGACAGAGCCCUCCUAAAUUUCCAUUGAAUCAACAGCCGAGAUUUCCCAAUCAGCAGCAAGGCAUACCUCAGAGAGUCGCCCAACAGCCAGCAGUUCAGCAACAAACACAACCAGCAAUCCCACAUCAACCACCUGCUGUUCAACAGCCUCAACAAGUGGUUCAGCAACACCAAAUGCAACCUGUGCAACAGCGUCCUCAAGUUGCUCAACAGCCUCAAGCUGUCCAGCAAAAUCAGCAGGCCCUGAUGCAGCCUGUGCCACAGCAACCACAACAACAAGCCAACCACCGCCAUCAAAAUGGUUCUGGAGAAUCUCAAAUGAAUUAUGUCAUCACGCCACCUACACCUAACAGACCGAGACAACAGCGACCUCUGCCUUCUUAUAUACCUAGCAGUCAUAUACAGGAGUUAAUUGAUAAGACACCUAUCGCUGAAGAGUUUUCCGAUUCCAUUAGAAUGUUAAUACUUCUCGAAAACGGCGAGCAGCGACUCAUCACUUUUACUUUACCAAGGGAAGCUUGUACUAUACAGGAAGUGUUGGAGCAAGUCAGCGUACCCUUCACUUCAGACACCAACAUUCAAGUUACAGAGGCAAAUACCAACGGAAUCAACUAUAUCGUUACCGUGGGAAACAUAGCCAAUUUUCCACAGACAUCCAACGAAGAUGAUUCGACGGACACUUGUGAACCAGAUUCUACACAGCAAACACCUCCGCAUUCAUCGAAUCAAACGGGUUUGAAUAUCAAUAAUGAAUCCCAAAGUUCACAAGAACCACCGAAACCGCCGACGCCCGAACCUCCAAAAGAGUUGCCUAAGUUGAUUCCUGGCAAGCUAGCUGUGUGUUCCUAUUGUGGAUACACUGGUGAAGACUUUAACAGAUGCAGAAGGUGCUCUAGAAAGCUUCCUGACAAUGUAAGAUCAAUCGACGCCCCGAUUAAAUCCAAAAUGUCUAGUCCCGACAGUACUAAAGAGUUACCUAAAAGUUCGAGCAGUUCUCAAAUCACAGGUAAAAGGUUGAAGAGAAAAGUUACCAAAUCCAAGCAGUCCAUGGAAGAAUCUGUUGUUAUUAGUUCUGAUGAAGAAGACGAUGAAAAGAAAAGUCCCAAAUCGGUUAGCGAACAGUUACUGAAAAGCCUUGGAGCAUCUGUUACCAUUAGCCCAGUUACAAAAGAACCGUCUUUGAACGAAGUUAAGAAACACGUCAGGAAAGUUAUUGCUGAACCUUCCAAAAUAAUCAGAAUGACGCUGAAAUGUCGUACUGUUAGGAUUGGAUCAUAUCGUUUUUAUCCAGCUGAAGACGUUAUUAUCGACUCCAAAUGUAUCAUAAUUAAAGCACCUGUCUUUGACAGCAAGACUGAAAUUAAAGCGAUUCGGAUUGAUCGAGGAGACGUGGUUAAAGUAUUAGUCUGUUUCAAUAAGGCCCUACCGGUAGUUUUCUAUUAUUUGAAUGCCCACGUGGCACCCGAUAUUUGCGAAGCGCUAAAUUUAACAAAGGAGUCAGGCAUCUAUUACGAUCCUAUCGAGGAAAAAGAAGAUUCAUAUCGGAAAGUGACUUUGUUACCGGAAGAUUUAAGCGACGAGCACCGGUUUGCGUUUCAGGAAAUAUACAGUGCCGCACCGAAUAGUCUGAUGGAGGAUAUAAAUGCGAAGGAAGCUAACGACAUUCUAAUUAAAACGUGCCCCAAGGAUGGAUCCUCGGGCGGAUUUAUGUCAUUUAGCGAAAUAAAACAAAUACUGCUCUACCCAAAAGAAGGUCAGGGAAGAUUAAGUAUCAAUACGGAAGAUUAUGUGUGCCUGGCUGUAGACCAAUUUCUUAACGACAAAAUAAUAGAUUUUUAUUUGAAAUAUUUAUGGGAAAACCUGCCUAGCGAAGAACAAGAAAAAGUUCACAUAUUCUCGACUUUCUUCUAUAAGAGAUUGACAACAAAACCUACAAAAGCUGCCAGGAAAUCACAUCCUUAUGAAGUCGAUCCCACUUUAUCAGCAGCAGAAAAAAGACAUUGUAGGGUUAAAAAUUGGACAAAGAAAAUAAACCUCUUUGAGAAAGACUACAUUGUAGUCCCUAUUAACGAAAAUGCUCAUUGGUUCCUGGCAAUCAUAUGCUUUCCAGGACAGAAUGGACCUCAAACAUUCGAUGGAAAACCAUAUAAUCCUGAACCAAAACCUAAAAGAGUAAAAAAAGUUAAGAAGGAGAAGCCUGCUCCGUGCGACGAACUUAUGUUAAGUGAUAAAGAUGAGGCUGAAAGUGAAGACUCGGAUUUAGAAUCAGAUGAUUCUGAGGAGUCUGCCAUAACUCCACCUGUUAUUGCACCAGUGGUAUCAACACCUAGAUCAAAAAAGGAGUCUAGGCCCCCUAUUAAACAACCCUGUAUACUAAUAUUUGACUCUCUCGCCGGUCCGAGCCGUUCUCGAGUCGUCGCCACCCUGCGAGAUUAUCUUACUGUGGAAUACAAAAACAAAAUGGAAACGGAACGGAUAUAUAAUAGGGACGUCAUUAAAGGAGCAUCGGUUAAAGUUCCUCAGCAGACCAAUUUUACCGACUGCGGAUUGUAUCUUUUGCAAUAUGUCGAACAGUUUUUCAAGGACCCAAUCAAGAAUUUUUAUAUUCCUAUCAAAGGAGUUGAAAAUUGGUUUGAAGAGAUUAUAGUAACCAAGAAAAGAGAAGAUAUUUGUAACCUGAUCAAAUCGUUAAUGGAAGAAGAUGGAAUAAGCAAAGUUAAAAUAGCUAAAAUUUUACCAGAGAUUGCAUUGCCCACAUUAAAUGGAAAAAUAAUUGAAAAAUUACCUGACAGUGAAGAUCAUGAAACUGGAGAUGAAGCACAAGAAGAUAUGUUUACUGACAUUGAUGACUCAGAAAUCCUGAAUAAUAGUGUAGUGUCAGCUGAAAAUGGAGAUGCCAGUUCAGACAAUGAACAGAAUUGUGCUUCCGAUGAGAAUUGCAAAGAAGACAUGCCGCCGCAAGAAGAAAAACCUUCAAGAGAGAGUGUUAGUGACAAAAGUGAAAUUACUUCAACAGUGAUGCAGUUAAGACCGUCUGUGAGUGAAAUUCCUAGACCGUCAAAUAAGGACACGUUAAGCUACUUAAAGGCCAAACGUAUAAAUAGACAUAAACCAACUUCUGAUAUGUCCGAAUCCAAAAAGGCUAAAUUGGAUAAUUAAACUAUUGACACACAGUGAAAGUGAUAUUUUAAUAUUUAUUAAGUAAAAAAGGUCCUUUUAUUAACUGUAUUUGAGAUCAUAGAAAUCAACUGGACUAGUUUUAAUAAAAGUGCUGUUAUUUUUGUUAAUUUGUUAAUAUUGGUUUUUAUUCUCUGAAAGUUAAUAUUAACUGGAGAUAAAUUAUUAAAUAUAUAUUUGGUGAAUAUUAUAUGACAUGGUUGAAUAAACGGUCGCGCCAUUUUGAUA